AUGGGAAACUGCUUGUUGGGUGCAAUGUCAGAUCCAGACACAUUGAUCAAAAUCAUAACAUAUGAUGGUAACAUCAUGGAGUUCUAUCCUCCAAUUACACCAUAUUUCAUCACACACGAGUUUCAAGGCCACGCCUUAUUCCCAACCAAUGACCACUUUUCCAAACCACUUUGUCAAUUCGAUGAGUUGGUGGCAGGACAGUCAUACUAUUUACUACCGACGACUAUCCCGCCACCGAACAAUAAAACCACUGUGGGUGACAAUGGCAGCAGCAUCAUUGUCCGGCAAGGACAUGUUAGGUCUCAACGUGUUCCUACAACACCUCAUCCUACUCCAUAUAGAAUGUCAUUGGAUUACCAAUACUAUCAAGGUGUAGGGUUGCUUCAAAAGGUAUCAGCAGAAUCUUUCUCUUGUAGGACUAAUCCAGGCAGUGUUAAUAACAAAAGCAGUAUUAGUAAAAGAAGAAAGAGUAUUGGGGUUUGGAAAGUGAAGUUGGUGAUAACUCCUGAAAAGUUAUUGAAGAUUUUGUCACAAGAGUCUCAAACAAAAGAUUUGAUUGAGAGUGUGAGGAUUGUAGCCAAAUGUGGUGUUGCUGCUGCUGCAGCAUCUGGGGGUGGUUGUGGAAUUUCAUCUACAACAAGAAGCUUUGUUUCUGAUCAAUGGAGUCUUUCUAGUAGUGGUAGGAGUACUGCUCCUUCUAAGAUUGAUGUUUUAGUUCUAAACACUUAA